CCUCCCCUCCCCUUGUCUCCCCCUUCCCCAAAGAGGCUCGAGCUCGAUCCCCUCUCCUCCGCGCCUCCGCCUCGGGCGACGUAGCCACGGGCUAGGGUUUCGGUUUCCUCCCGCCGUCACCUCCUCGUCCUCGUACGCCGCCGCGGCGGCCAUGGCGAUGGUGCAGGCCGGCAUGGGCCUCACCCGCGUCGUCGUCCUCAUCGGCGCCGGGGUGGCCGGCUCCGUCGUCCUCCGCAACGGCCGCCUCUCCGAGAUCCUCGGCGAGCUCCAGGAGAUACUUGACAAGGGGGAGAAGGGGAAAGGCGGAGACGGGGACGGAGACCUGUCCGACGCGCUCACUAAACAGGUGCGCAACUUGGCUAUGGAGGUUAAACAACUUGCUUCCUCACGUGGAUCUAUAACUGUUCUUAGUGGAGGUUCCGGUCAAACAGGGGUAUCAGGUUUGAUAGUACCUGCAGCAACUGUUGGGGCACUGGGUUAUGGUUAUAUGUGGUGGAAGGGCAUCUCCUUUGCGGACCUAAUGUAUGUUACCAAGCGUAACAUGGCGAAUGCUGUUUCCAGUAUGACUAAGCAUCUGGAGCAAGUGCAAACCUCUCUCGCUGCUGCUAAAAGGCAUUUGACUCAGCGUAUUGAAAAGUUGGAUGAUAAAUUGGAUCAGCAAAAGGCACUUUCUGGACAAAUAAGAGAUGAUGUUACUGAUGCACGGCUGAAGCUUGAGAAUAUUGGUUCAGAAAUUAAGAACAUCAAACAAUUGGUUUGGGGUCUGGAUGAAAAGAUGGACUCGAUGGAAGCCAAACAGAAUUUUUCAUGUGCUGGUGUGAUGUACCUCUGCCAAUUUAUAGAGCAAAAUGGUGGGAAGCUGCCAGAACGCCUGGAGGGCUCAAAAAUAGCUGCGAAGCGUUUUGGGAGCCAAAGUGUCACACAGGGGUUGAAACUGGCCAUAGAAUCAGGGAUUUUUGACAAUGAAAUCUUCAGUUCACCUAAGAACAACCCUGAUUCAAGAUAAAACAGGUCCAACGUCUGCCAAAGUAAUUUUUGUCAGGGGGAUAUCCGAGGGCAUCUCAUCUAAUACCCAGAUUACACCCUCCAUUGAAAUGCAGUAAAGUAUAAUUUCUUACUAGAUUUACAUGUAAAGAGUUACAGCCUUUUCAAGUUUUCUGCUUGCAGGAAGUGCUGCUUUUUACAUUUGAAAGCUUGUUCGAUACUAGUGGUUAGGGAUUUUCAGACCGUGCUAUGCUGGCAUCGCUUGUGAUUUCAGAUUUCAGGCAAACACUUUUGCCUUGAAUAAAAUUGACAACACGUGUGAAUUAUAUUUGUGAUGCUGUAUCUAUCUACUUCAUGUUUAGUUUGCAA